CAGCAGAACCGCAUUUAGGAGAUUUUCCCCCCCAAUUUUGAUUAUUUGUUUUACCAAAUUUGUGAGCCGCUAUCAGUUUUUCUCUAAAAUAUCGCUCAUUCCGUUUGGUGUUACUCUAAUUAUGUUUUUCAAAAAACAAAAAACCCCGGAUUUUCAAAUUUCAAAAUGGUGGUCGAACCACUUGAAGAAAAAGUGAUUGCGCGAAUUCGAAGCUCCUCUUCAAUUGAUAGCGUGACUCAGUGCAUCACAGAACUGGUUUUGAACAGUUUGGACGCGAAAGCGACAGCUAUUGCUGUUCGAGUCAAUCUUACAACUUUUCGCCUACAAGUUGUAGACAAUGGGCGUGGAAUUUCGCGCCCGAAUUUAGAAUUUGUGGGUCAACGCUACAUGACCAACAAAUGCCACAGCUUGGACGACCUCCACAAACACCUAAAAUUCUACGGUUUCAAAGGCGAAGCCUUGUCUAACAUUUCGCACAUUUCCCAACGUGUGACAGUUGAGACUAGGGAACACAACAGUGAGGAGACUUUCGUCAAAAUCUUGGAAAAAGAUAAACAAACAAUCAAUUCAAGUAAAUGUCGGGCCAGCCAUGGCACCACUGUCACAGUUGAGGGUUUUUUGCACAACUUACCAGUGAGACAACAAUGCGUCAAAAACAACGAAUUAGAAAAUAUCAAGCGGAGCCUUGAGUGCCUUAUUAUAAUCCACCCGCGCGUGUCGUUCACUUUGCGAAACGAUUUAGGCCUGAAAGUUGUUCUUUCAAGCGUUGCAACACCAGAUAUUGCAAGCUCUUUCAAAACAAUCCACCCUGAAAUAGACGAAAACGAAUUCGCUUUGCUCAAAGUUGGCAAAAAUAAGACACGCGUUGAAGGUCUCAUCUACAAACAGUUGCACGAAAACAAGCGCUUGCAGUACUUGUAUGUCAAUAAGAGACCGGUGAACUCGCCCAAAAUCCUCAAUUUUGUCAAUGCGCUUUUUAAAACCGUCCCCAAAACUGAUCCGAAGAGGAAGAACCCCGUUUUUGUCAUACACAUCAAGUGUCCCUACUCCGACAUUGAUAUCACUCUAGAACCAGCAAAGACGCUUGUGUUCUUCAGAAAAAUUGAUCUUGUGAAGCGAUGUCUCCAAAAAAUGAUCAGUACAUUCAAAGGGGGUGAUUCCGAAAUAGUGGCCAAGAAAACGCACAGGCCUUUGAGUGAGUUUGGCGUGUCCCAGAUAGGAGGGGCUGUGAAAGGCUUCGGGACGAAGCGCAAAAGUGAGGAUUUGGAAGAGUUGGUGUCGAAUAAAUCGGCGAAAAUUGUCGAGGAUACGCCCUAUUUUGAGGAACCGAGGGUUGUGUCCAAGCAAACGAAGGUGGCUUUGCCCAUUGAGGUGAAAAAGGGGGAGAAAAGGGAGAGCGAAGGUAUAAUGGAUAAUAGCCUCUAUACCAAUUACCCUGAUAACGAAAAGAAGGGGAAAGACGUGAUUAUGGAUAUGUUUAUAAUGUCACUGGACGUGUUCCCGCCUGAAGAUAAGGCUAAUGAAACUGAACCCGAACUAAAUAAUGUAGUGGAUAUGGAAACUACUUUAGAUAAAUCACCAAAUGAAAAAAAUGCUCUUUCCCAAAAAUCUCCGAUUAAGGAGAAUAUGGUUUCAGUGGGUAUUCAGGCAGGACCGGGGAACAUACCGGUAUUUGGGGUCACACCACGAAAAGCUAUGUCUAAAUAUGUGUCUGACUAUGAUUUUGAUUUUUCCAACGUCGAAGCUUUACCGACUUUUCAUUUUAAAACGCCAGAUUUGCCCACACAUUUCAAUCAGCCGAAGAAAUUGUUCGAUUUUCGUAAUACAAGGCGUAGCAGUUUUAAUAUUUUUGCUAAUGAAAACACGUUUGAUCAAGUGAGGCAAUCGCCGUAUUUUGCUAAGAAGGCCAAAGCUAGCAAAUUUGAGAUUGAUUCGAAUAAAGAGAACUGGUCAAAUGACUUGGAUAAUACAGUUGAUUUUAAGUUUAUUAAAAAAGACAAUACGAAAAGAAUUUUGAACGAAUCACAUACUAGUAAAUACUUCACGCCUCAAAAAUCUAAGAGUUGUAAAUUAAGGGUUCAAACCCCGAAACACACCCUUUUGGAAGAGUCGCGAGAUUUAUUUGAUAAGUCAUCCGAAAGUGGGCUUUUAAUAACCCUGGAUGAGGAAAUUGAGAAAAACAAAACUGAGGAUAUUGUCAUAGCCCCCACAUUUACGCAACAUCAGAACCUUUGGUUAAGGAAAACUGGCAACGACAUUACUUUUGAAAUGACCGAACGCUUUGACUUUGUCCCCAAAGGCCUGUCUCCGAUUUUGAAAGAUUGUGGCAAAGUGGACGACAUGAGCCCCAAAUCGAGGCAACAGCUACAAAAUGCGCUCGUACAAUCGUACGAAGACGAGUUGUUGAUGGUUAAGUGGCAGAAGUGUCUUGAUGAUGGGGAUCCGAAGAAAUUCUUCGAUGAAAUUUAUGUGGAAAAGUCGAGAUUAAUCGAAAGUGAGGUUCCUAAUGCGUACAAUAGACAUGUCAAGGAUUUUGAAAAUAUAAGCUUCACGAAGGAUUUAUUCAAAAAUGUUGAUAUUAUCGGCCAGGUUGAUUGCAAAUUUAUUGCAGUGUGGGAACGGACGAGGAAUUUGGUUGUGUUGUUUGACCAACAUGCUGUGCACGAGAGGGUGCGUUUGGAGGAGCUAUCGGAAGGUUACAAAAACGCAUCCACGAAACUUGACCAAGACAUUACAAUUUUUUUGCCACAAAGUGACUUAACGCUCCUCAAGCGACAAAAAACUAAUCUCAAGUCGCUAGGUCUCGUUUUGGAGUUUUUCACCAACGGGUUGACCAUUUAUCAAGUGCCGCUGUGUCUUUACAACAAGUCGAAAAAAGGGGUCGAUAUUGUGUUUUUGACUCAGACUUUGAUCAAAGAAAUUGUUGAUCUUUUGAAAACUAACAACGAAAUUAUGGUAAAUACUCCGAGUCUUAUACAAAAUAUCGUCAAUUCCGAGGCUUGCAGAGGUGCAAUUAAAUUCGGAGAUUCUUUGACCAAAAACGAGUGUUUUGCACAUUUGAAAAAUUUGGCAAAGUGCAAGUUGCCGUUUCAAUGCGCUCACGGAAGACCGACACUCACUCCCUUAAUUUUCCUCAAUCGAUUCUAUGAUGAAGAGGUCGCAAAACCAAAUUUGCACAAUUUAAGAGAAAAUUGAUUUUUGUUAUUUAAUUAUGUAUUAAUUAAAAAUAUAUUUUGGUAAAUAAUAAUAGAUACAGUGCAAUAGUGUGACUAGUGAACAUGCAGUUAAUAAAUAAUUACAGUAUUUCA